CUCCGGCCAGACGUCCACCGCUCGCGCCUCCGCUUUCGCAUCCUCGUACCAAAGCACCAGCUCGCCAGUCUCGAGCGCCGUCUAUAAGCCGGCACCACGCUCCUUAGCUCCUCCAGCGCCCUUAAUACCCCCUUCGUUCCCCCCGCGCGCCGCUGCUCUGGACUUAUGCCCUCGUACGGCUCCCUGGGCUCGCCAUCGCUUCGCAAAAUGGAAAACGGAUAUGGAAACCACGGGCGCUCGUCCUUCUCCGUCGGCCGCAUCAUCGGCGACCCCUUCGCCCUGGCCACCAUCUCCAUUGGCAUUCUCGCCUGGAUCAUCGCCUUCGUAUCCUCGAUAAUAUCCGCCGUGCGCGGCGGCUUCCCCAAUUUCGCCUGGUGGACCCUAGUCUUUAUGCUGUUCUGCAUUGUCGGCGUCACCGUCACCGUUGCGUCGGAUUCUGAGCGGACAUAUCAUGUUGCUAUUGUGGGCUUCCUCGCAGCUGGCCUCGUCUUCACCACCUCUUCCGUCAACUCGCUAGUGUACUCGGCUGUCGCUGCCUUCGAGGCGGCCGCUGCUGGCUUCAUCCUGCUAUCCAUGAUUGCGAUCGUCUGGAUCUUCUACUACGGAUCACAGCCCCAGGCCAGCCAUCGCGCAUUCGUUGACUCAUACGCCCUGCAUAAGGAGACCCCCGGUUCGCGCUCUUCCCGCCAAAUGUCGAACAACUACGGCGCCCCGCAAGUCCCGCCUCAAAACACCGCCCCCCAAAUGUAUACGUCGGCGCAGCUGAACGGCUUCGAGACCUCCUCUCCCGUGUCCGGAUAUCCAGGAGGCCCCGUCGGUGCAGAUGCAAGAGGCUCCUCGCAACCGCGCUUCGGCGGCAUGAACACCACCCAGACGCCGACCAACGAGGAGCAGCAGCAGGAAGCAUCCAUCGAGUACCCGUACCGCGCAAAGGCCAUCUACAGCUACGAAGCGAACCCCGACGACGCCAACGAGAUCAGCUUCCAGAAGCACGACAUCCUCGAAGUGUCCGACGUCAGCGGCCGGUGGUGGCAGGCCAAGAAGCCUAACGGCGAGACGGGUAUCGCGCCAAGCAACUACCUCAUCUUGCUAUAGAAGAAGACUGGAUCUAUCUUCUGUCCUUCUUUCCUGUCUGUCACGACCGCACGAUGACCAUUUCUUUAAUUA